CCCGUCUCUCUGUUUCUCUCUCUCUCACACACACACAUACACAUAUACACACAUACAGAGAAACACAGACAUACCUGUGCACGCCAGGGGUUGGGGGCUCUGAAGAAGGCUUUUGUUUUUUUUUUCCACUGCCUCUGAAGGUGCUCUGCUUCCUUUUGGGAAGAAUUUGUGUAAAUCGUUUCCUCUUUCCACUUCCUGUGAUUCCUGGAAUGCUAAAACUGGACUGAUGGACAUUUCAGAACUUUGUAUCCCAGACCCUCUCAACUAUCAUAACCAGCUGCUCAACAGAAUGGCUGCUGAUGACCGGCACCUAACUUCCAGCUGUGGGUCUUACAUCAAGACAGAGCCUUCCAGCCCCUCGUCGGUCAUCGACACGGUGAGCCACCACAGCCCCAGCGGGAACUCUGACGCCAGCGGGGGGUAUGUCAGCACCAUGAACGGCCACUCCAAUGGCCUGGACUCCCCACCCAUGUUCCCCGGCGCUGGGCUGGGGGGCGGGGCCUGCCGCAAGCGCUAUGACGACUGCUCCAGCACCAUCAUGGAGGACUCGCCCAUAAAGUGCGAAUACAUGUUGAACUCCAUUCCCAAGAGACUCUGCCUGGUCUGUGGAGAUAUUGCAUCUGGUUAUCACUAUGGCGUGGCCUCCUGUGAGGCCUGCAAAGCCUUUUUUAAAAGGACAAUACAAGGUAACAUAGAAUACAGCUGUCCCGCCACGAACGAAUGUGAGAUCACAAAAAGAAGACGUAAGUCUUGUCAGGCCUGUCGUUUCAUGAAGUGUCUCAAAGUGGGGAUGCUGAAAGAAGGGGUGCGCCUGGACCGCGUGCGAGGGGGGCGACAGAAGUACAAGCGGAGGAUGGACAGCGAGAGCAGCGCAUACCUGGGCCUCACACUGCCGCCACCAGCAAAGAAACCAUUGACAAAAAUCGUGUCUCACCUCCUGGUGGCGGAGCCAGAAAAGAUCUAUGCAAUGCCAGACCCUACGAUGCCCGAGAGUGACAUCAAGGCUCUGACCACACUGUGUGACCUGGCUGACCGCGAGCUCGUUGUCAUCAUCGGCUGGGCAAAACAUAUCCCAGGUUUCUCCAACCUGUCUCUGGGAGACCAGAUGAGCCUGCUGCAGAGCGCAUGGAUGGAGAUCCUCAUCCUCAGCAUCGUGUUCCGCUCGCUACCCUACGAGGACGAGCUGGUGUACGCUGAGGACUACAUCAUGGACGAGGAGCACUCGCGCCUCACCGGCCUCCUUGACCUCUACGUCUCCAUCCUGCAGCUGGUGCGCAAGUACAAGAAGCUGAAGGUGGAGAAGGAGGAGUUUGUCACCCUGAAAGCCAUCGCGCUCGCCAAUUCAGAUUCCAUGCACAUCGAGGACGUGGAGGCGGUGCAGAAGCUCCAGGACGCCCUGCACGAGGCCCUGCAGGACUAUGAGGCCAGCCAGCACCAGGAGGACCCGCGGCGGGCCGGCAAACUGCUCAUGUCCCUCCCCCUCCUCCGGCAGACCGCCACUAAAGCCGUCCAACACUUUUACAGCAUCAAACUCCAGGGCAAGGUGCCCAUGCACAAACUCUUUCUGGAAAUGCUAGAGGCCAAGGUCUGAUGUACGACCCCCGCGGCCCGGGAAGACAUCAAACAGGCCGAUGAGAGGAGGGA